AAUGAAAGGGAAACAUCAAAUUCCAACCUACUAAUAUAUUGAAUCAAUCAAACAAAAGUUUGCUAGAGAAGAGAGGAAACAAGAAAACAAACAAACACCCAAACAACAACUAAUUGCUGAUAGACACUGUUUCAUCAUCUUCAUUACCUCCACAACAUCAUAAUCAUCAGCAAAAAUGAUAGCUCCAUUUUACCCACUUCUAUCUAGAUAAACACAUUUUCUUUUGUUGUUUUUGGUUUCCAUAUAAACAUUUUGAUGAAGAAAUGUCGGAAUUUAAUAAAUUAAGAAUCUCUAAAAAUAGAGGAUUCUAUAAUGUCAAGAUGAUGAACAGAGAUCCUCAUCAUCAUCAAAAUAGUAAUAAUAAUCAUAAGAGGAGUUAUUAUUUCUAUAGAUAUUUCAAAUGGGUUCUUUGGAUUUCAUUCUCUCUUUAUUUCUUCACAUCUUUUCUCAUCACAAUCAAUAACAACAUGAAACCCAUUUCUUCUCUUUCAAAAACCACCAUUAUUUCAACCUCAACAAACCCAUCUUCCUCUGUUAUUUCUAGAGCUCUGUUUGAAGAUUCUUCUGUUCAAAAACCAAAAUCAAUCCCAUCUGCAACAGAGUCUGAGAUAUUGCCAUUGAAAGUAUACAUCUAUGAUCUCCCAUCAAAAUACAACACUGAUUGGUUAACAAACAGAAGAUGUAGUAAUCAUCUGUUUGCAUCAGAAGUAGCUAUACAUAAAGCUUUAUUGAACAGUGAUGUGCGUACAUUGAAUCCAUUUGAAGCUGAUUUUUUCUUCGUUCCGGUAUAUGUAUCUUGUAAUUUCAAUACUUCAAAUGGGUUCCCAUCAUUGGGUCAUGCUAGACCUUUAAUAAAAUCAGCUAUUCAAUUUGUUUCUGAAUCCGCACCAUUUUGGAAUCGAAGUCAGGGUGAAGAUCAUGUUUUUGUUGCUUCUCAUGAUUAUGGGGCUUGUUUUCAUCCCAUGGAGGACAUUGCAAUUGAAGAUGGAAUUCCAAGUUUUCUGAAGAAGUCAAUAAUUCUGCAAACAUUUGGGGUCAGAUUCCGGCAUCCAUGUCAAGAAGUUGAGAAUAUUGUGAUUCCACCAUACGUCUCACCACAUAAAAUUCAUUCAACUCUGAAACAUGCGACUAAUGGCAAAAGAGACAUUUUCGCCUUUUUUAGGGGCAAAAUGGAGUUACACCCAAAGAACAUAAAUGGUCGAAUUUACAGCAAGGGCAUUCGGACGAAGAUAUGGAAAAAGUUCAGUAGGAAUCGGAAAUUUUAUCUAAAACGUCGUAGAUACGAUGGAUAUCAAUCAGAGAUCGUACGGUCAGUAUUUUGUCUGUGUCCAUUAGGAUGGGCUCCAUGGAGUCCAAGGCUAGUCGAAUCAGUAGCCCUAGGUUGCAUACCCGUGAUCAUAGCUGAUAACAUUCGAUUACCCUACUCAGAUAAAAUCCAAUGGUCAAAAAUCUCUCUAACCGUACCGGAAAAAGACGUAAACAAACUCGCCACCAUCCUCGAACACGUGGCAGCCACCAACCUCACCACCAUACAGAAAAACCUGUGGGACCCGUCUAAUCAACGGGCACUGCUCUUCAACGAGUUCAUCCAGCCAGGAGACGCCACAUGGCAAUUGUUAGAUAGUUUAUCAAAAAUGCUGCAUCUAUCACACAGAGAACCGAGACUUCAACCUAAUCACGUGGCGACACGUGAGAUUGAAGGUGUAAGAGUGGAAGACAGCUAAGCUUUGUAGUGACGGUGGGGUUAGUGGGGCCAGGUUUUUCAGUUGUUUUUAUGAUGUGGUACUACUUGGUGUAAGAAUAGGUUUAGGUAGUACCUGCAAUUUUACAGCCUGUGAUUGAGAUGUACAUAAAAUAUACAAGAAAAAAAAAUGAAAAUUCUUUGAUUUUUUUUAUAUAUCCAACUUGA